AUGGCUCGUAGGAAUAGCAGGUUGUUAGGUGUUGCAUAUUAUGCUGCAUUUGACCUGGACAAUAGGCUUCUUUUACACGCAGAACACACACUUCUCUUCAGUCCUUGCACCUUUCUCCAUGGCCGUAGUCAGUGGAACGUACUGCCCAUUUCCCUCUCCCCCUUCUCCUUCUCGGUUGUUUCUUCCUCCAAAGAAACAAGUUCAAAUUCAAGCUCAAAGUCAGUGAAAUUAAGGGAGGACUGGAGGAAAAAGUCCAGACCAAUUCCUCCUGGUGGGGUCUAUCCAGCAAAGGACCACUGCAGUAAAUGCGGGUUGUGUGAUACUUAUUAUAUUGCCCAUGUCAAGAAUGCUUGUGCUUUUCUAGGAGAUGGCAUGUCCAGAAUUGAAGCCUUAGAACAGAUGGUCCAUGGCCGAGGGAGGAAAGCAGAUUCGCUGGAUGAGGUGUACCUGGGGGUCUAUGAGAAUCUUUUGUAUGCUCGAAAAAUUAAGCCUGUUGAUGGAGCUCAGUGGACUGGAAUAGUUACAACAAUUGCCGUGGAAAUGCUUAAAACUGGCAUGGUAGAAGCUGUUAUUUGUGUCCAGAGUGAUCCUGAAGAUAGAUUUACCCCAAGACCUGUCCUAGCAAGGACACCAGAGGAAGUCAUAGCAGCCAAAGGUGUUAAGCCUACACUAUCCCCUAAUCUUAACACCCUGGCCCUUGUUGAGGCAGCUGGAGUGAAACGCCUUCUUUUUUGUGGUGUAGGGUGCCAAGUGCAAGCAUUGAGAUCUGUUGAGCACCACUUGAAUCUGGAGAAGCUUUAUGUUCUAGGUACUAAUUGUGUUGAUAACGGAACAAGAGAAGGCUUAGAUAAAUUCCUGAAAGCAGCUAGCAGUGAGCCAGAAACUGUCCUCCAUUACGAGUUUAUGCAAGAUUAUAAGGUUCAUUUGAAGCAUUUGGAUGGACAUAUUGAAGAGGUUCCCUAUUUCUGUUUACCAGCAAAUGAUUUAGUAGGCAUUGCACCAUCUUGCUACAGCUGUUUUGACUACACAAAUGGUUUAGCGGAUUUGGUGGUGGGAUACAUGGGUGUGCCAAAGUAUAGUGGUGUCAGCAUGACACAGCAUCCACAGUAUGUUACUGUCAGAAAUGAAAGAGGACGAGAAAUGCUGAAACUUGUUGAAAACCUUUUGGAAAUUACUCCUACAACUAGUCUGGGGAAUCGACAACCAUUUGUCAUGGAGACAGUGAAGGCAGACGAUAAAGCCAAGUUGGGACAGGGUCCUUCUCAACCUGCCCCAAAGUUUGUUGGCAACUUUUUAGCAUUUGUAUUGAACUUAAUUGGCCCAAAAGGUCUGGAAUUUGCUCGUUAUUCAUUAGAUUACCAUACCAUCAGAAAUUAUCUGCAUGUAAAUCGCACAUGGGGAAAACAAAGAGCUGAUAGGCACAUGCCAUCAUAUGCAAAGAAAAUUGUUUUUUAUAACCAGAAUGGGGAAAUUGAU